AGAGCCCGGCUGAGCGCGGCGGCAGCGGCGAGCGGGGAUGCCGGAGCCGGAGCGGGAGCCGGGUGCGGGCUCCUCCCCGCGGCGCUUCACCUGGGAGGAGAUCGGGCUCCGCACGGGCCGGGGGCACCCGCAGCAGGAGCGGUGGCUGGUGAUCGACAGGAAGGUCUAUGACAUCAGCCAGUUCUACCGGCGGCACCCGGGGGGCGCCCGAGUCAUCAGUCACUACGCGGGGCAGGACGCCACGGAUCCCUUCACAGCGUUUCACCUUGACAAGGCUCUGGUGAGAAAGUACAUGAGCUCGCUGUUCAUUGGGGAACUGGCAUCGGAUCAACCCAGCUUUGAACCCAGCAAAAACAAAUUGCUGGUAGAGGACUUCCGCGAGCUGCGCACCACCGUUGAGAGGAUGGGACUCCUCAACCCCAACCACCUCUUCUUCUUCCUGCUUCUCCUGCACAUUCUGCUGCUGGAUGCUGCUGCAUGGCUCACCAUCUGGUACUUUGGGUCAUCCUUGCUGCCUUUCCUCUUCUCUGCACUGCUGCUAGGCACCGUCCAGGCCCAGGCUGGGUGGCUUCAGCAUGAUUUUGGGCACCUCUCGGUGUUCAGCAAAUCCAAAUGGAACCACUUGGUUCACAAGUUUGUGAUUGGCCAUCUGAAGGGUGCGCCAGCCAGCUGGUGGAAUCACCUGCACUUCCAGCACCAUGCUAAACCCAACUGCUUCCGCAAGGACCCUGAUGUUAACAUGCACCCCUUAUUUUUUGCUUUGGGAAAGACACUGUCUGUGGAGCUUGGGAUGAAGAAGAAGAAGUUCAUGCCUUACAACCACCAGCACAAGUACUUCUUCAUCAUUGGACCCCCAGCCCUGGUGCCUCUCUACUUCCAGUGGUACAUAUUCUACUUCGCAGUGCAGCGCAGACAGUGGGUGGACCUGGCCUGGAUGCUGACCUUCUACAUCCGAUUCUUCCUCACUUACUUGCCAUUACUGGGGGCGAAAGGGCUCCUGGGGCUCUUCCUUCUGGUCAGGCUCAUAGAGAGUAACUGGUUUGUCUGGGUGACGCAAAUGAACCACAUCCCCAUGCACAUCGAUUACGAUAAGAACGUGGACUGGUUCUCUACUCAGCUCCAGGCAACGUGUAAUGUUCACCAGUCUCUGUUCAAUGACUGGUUUAGCGGGCACCUGAACUUCCAGAUCGAACACCACCUUUUCCCCACAAUGCCUCGACACAACUACUGGAAGGUGGCCCCCCUGGUGAAGUCCCUGUGUGCCAAGCAUGGCGUUGAGUACCAGUCCAAGCCCCUGUUCACUGCCUUUGCAGACAUUGUGCACUCUCUGAAGGAUUCGGGGGAGCUCUGGCUCGAUGCCUAUCUACAUAAAUAAGCAGCAGCAGCUCCAAACCGAGGUAUUCUCCACCCUUGCUGCUUCCCAGGGUGGUCACCAUGAAGACAAAGAGAGCCGGCUGAGCCAGGGGUGUGGAGCUGGGCAAGCUUAAUUCCAGUAAUGAGUGUGGGUUUUUUUAAAGAUGUUUGUUCUUAGUCCUUCUCAUGCUUCUCCUGCUCCUCCUUUUUGGGACUGAAUAAUAGAGAGGAUCAGAAUGGAGGAGAUCACCCGUUAGGAAGGAGGAGGUGCCUGUAGGUCUGGGAAUUAACGUCUUUCUGUCUGGUGACAUUUCACUUGCUGUGUCUGUAGGAGAGAAACCUUUUAUCUAACAUAGAUAUUUCUGAGACGCCUGGCAGCUUGGUAUCUAACCCCUGCUCUGCUCCUUCCCCAUGUGAAAGAAUCAAGGAAGCUGGGACAGUCUGAGAGCACUGAAGAUAGAAGUUGGGGUGGUGGGAAGAGGGAGAAAUGUAAGCGUGGGAAAGAGAAGAAACUGUGUAGGGGCUAUGUUGUUAAACAUCAUUGUGCAUUUAAACCAUGUGCCCAAACCUUGGGGCAGAGGGGUAGAGAAGAAAGGCCAAACCACCGGGCAGGGGCUUAGACUACUUUGUAGGAUGAGUGUGAGAAGAGAGAGACCAAACCGCAGUGCAGGCACAGCUGGGAUGCUAGAGCUGUUUCCUAGAGGUGGAGUGUUUGGCUUGCUGUGCCCAAUGGGAGUGCUGCUACAUAUAUGCCUUGAGUGCUUUAUUUUUUUUUGUAGAGGUAGGAUGGUGAGCCCCUGGAUCUCUGGGUUAAUUAUCAUAUUGCAACUUCCAGUGGAGAUGGCAUGAGUAGCUUCCACAGUGCCAUACCCUAAAAGUGAAAGAGUUGAUGGACCAGUUACUGAUACUCUAAAAAAAAUAGACAUUAAUGCAAGGGAAAUCUCUAGUCCCCCUAGAUUAACUGCUACAGUGCCCCUAGCAGUUUAGAUUAGGAAGAAGACUGGCCCCUUGGGAGUGUACACUCAUUAUACUGUACCCUUUGGCUACUGAGGACUUUGUAAAUAGGGAGAGAACUCAGGAUUUUUUGUAUCUAAACCACAGGAUGCUCCCAUGUGAGCUACAGGCAAAUCUUCUUCCACUGUUGAGGCACUAGGGUUCAGGACACCACUUAAACAUGUCUAACAUUCCAGCCAGCAGAGGGCAGUGGGGGACACGCAUUGCACACACACAAACACAGGCCAGUAAGUUGUGCCUCUGGUUCUCUAUGGGUAUGUGUGUCUACACUGCAAUAAAAAACCCACAGCACUGAGUCAGCUGACUUGGGCGUGGUGGGCCUUGGGCUGUGGGGCUAAAAAUAGCAGUAUGGAUGUUUGGGCUCAGGCAAGAGCCCAGGCUCCAAGACCCCCCCCCCCCCCUGCAAGCCCCAUGUCACGGGUCUUUGAUUGCAGUGUGGACGUACCCUAUUAGGUAAUGUGCCUCCAAGACAUGCUCUGAAAGAGUAUACGCUUCACUGUAACAUUGCCAGAGUAUUAAUUAGCCUUACGGCGUUUGCCGACACUACUACAAGGCCAAACAGCCCAACUGCCAAAGUAGAUGUAGCAUCUCGCGUGACCUUUCUAAAGGCUGCAGUUUGAUCACUCGCACCCUCCCUACCCCCAUCACUUCCUUGUGUUUGGGCCUCCCCUCUCCAGGUUCUGGGUCCAACUUCUUUCCAUCUCUCUCUGGGAUUCUUAAAUGGAUAAGUGUGACGCGAGGACUCUCCCCAUCUUCCCUGCCCUCCCCUCACUCCUCCUGCAGCCAGCCAGCAUCAUGACAGCUUUUCCCAACUAAGGUAACAGGUGAUUCAGGCCAUGACUACACCACAGACUUAUGUUGGCACAACUGUGUCAGGGGCGAGAAGAGGGGUGAUCUCUGACCAGCACAACAGUGCCAGCAAAAGCCCCUAUUACAGACACAGCUAUACCAGCAAACUGUGCUUUUUCUUAGAUAGCUGGCUUUGCCUGAGGGAGGAGGGUGGGGCUGGAAUAAGCUAUGCCAUUACAAAGCGCAGUUUUGUUGGUAUAGCUGUAUCCACACAUGGCAAGCUUUGCCAGUAGAGUAUUCCACUGUGGGUCAUUAUGCCAGCAAAGUGCUCCUAAUGUAGACAUGGUCAUAGUACUAAAGGAGACUGGGAAAGAAAUGUAACUUCUGCUCUCAGGCCACCAUCCAAAAGAUUGGAGGGCCUGUGAAGUGGGCGGUGUCACCUCACCCUCGACAACGGCUGGGAUGGGAAUUUAUUUUUGUUUAAUGGAAAUAAUUAAAUUGCCAUUAAAUCAUAGGUCCGGAGUGUUGAAUAAAGACUGUAAAUUAAAUGAAA